UUCAUUGCAUUGUCAUAUCAGCUGAUUGCGUCAUUGCAUUCGGACAAUAACGCAAAACAAAAAACAAGUCGUAGUAUCCAGUUUGGCUUUGUUGUGAUUAAAUUUGGAAAUUAUAGUGAACGUUAUAAUACCCAAAAUGAAAUUCCAAUACAAAGAGGAACAUUCUUUUGAAAAAAGGAAGACUGAAGGCGAAAAGAUACGUAGGAAGUACCCAGAUCGCGUGCCAGUAAUUGUUGAGAAAGCCCCGAAGGCAAGGCUUGGCGACCUCGACAAAAAGAAAUACCUGGUUCCGUCCGAUCUUACGGUCGGCCAAUUUUACUUUUUGAUUCGGAAACGCAUUCACCUGCGACCUGAAGACGCACUUUUCUUUUUCGUCAACAACGUCAUUCCUCCUACAUCUGCUACCAUGGGUUCUCUUUACCAAGAACAUCAUGAUGAAGACUUUUUCCUUUACAUAGCCUUUUCUGAUGAAAAUGUGUAUGGAUUUUUCUAAUAUCUUCUAUAACUAUAAAUUUUACCAUAUAUUGCAGAUAAUUGUCGUUCAUUGCACCAUAUGGUUAUAUUUAGGUAUAAGGCUUAGUUUAAAUAAUGAUGUAUUACGUUAAAGGUGAUAAUUAAUUUUAAUUUGCAAUUUCCAAAACAAUAUUGUGAAUGCAAUGUUGUUACUUUAUUGAUAUAUACUUAUCACAUAUUAUGGGAAAAUUAUCUAUGUUUCAUCUCUGUUUGGUUUAGGAGUGUGAUUAUUUCUGUAACAAAAUAAACAAAAUUUAUCUCAA